AUGUCUAUAAAUUCAACUAUAUACAAUUAUCAAAGAAACAGUACUAGCAAUGAGGAUUUGUAUUUUAAAUUUAUUCCUGGCUUGUGGAAGGAGAAGUUAGCCAUGCACCUGGAUGAUAGUGGUGGGUCAGAUUGGGAACAUUUGGCAGAAAAAUUAGGACAUAACGUCCUCACACGUAGGUGGUGCAAAAGUUUAGCUCAGAACAGUCCGAUUCAGAUGGGCAGUCCGACUUUAGUUUUUUUCGAGAAGUUCUGUGGAGACUUGAAGGUUUCCGACAUAUUGGACGCCUGUAGACUGAUCAACAACGUCGCUUGCAUUGAUAUUCUUGAAGUCUAUCUCAAAGAUAUAUCGUCUGAGCGGCAAUCUAUGAACUCCAUAUCGACAUUUGUCCAAACGAAACGAGACAGUCGUUACAAUAGGAACACGUUAAACUCCGAAUCUACAGCAACCAACACCUUCAUCUUAUCAGACGAAAAACGCCCCGAAAGCAACGAUUGUAACGACAACUUCGACGACAAUCGCUGGUCGCAGAUGACUAACUCAUGUUGCACGGCCUGCAGUAGCAUACCUUCAAGACGAUUUCAUCGACCUAACUCGUCCAACUCUACAAGCACACAACAACGCCUAUUUCAGAUAAAUAAUUUAAACUUAAGUUCAAUUCCUGACGAAAUGCCUUCAAACGUGAGAUUCACGAAUUGUAGUAGUUGCGUCAAUUAUUUCUCCGACCCGCUAGACGAUUGGCCGAUUUUGACGGAUCACGUCCCAAUUAGUCACUGCCUCUGGAGGGAUAAUCGUUACUGGGAUCCAAUGAAAUCCAGGGUAAGCUCUCAACAGCAGCAGCAGCAGCUACUGAGUUGUCGCAAAAGUAUAAUUUGUAACAACACUCACCUCGAUCGAUUAAACUUAGUAGAGCAUAAGAGGCACCAAGAGAAAGCGUCAUCUACAACCCGAAGCAGCAGCAUCAACAACAACAACAACAGCAACAACAACAGCAACAACGUCAAAAAACAAUUCCGCGUGCCAUCGUCAACGUCACAGACGUCAUCGUCCACAACGAAAACGGUAGCCAGCUACAACAGCCUCAUCCCGCAAUCCUUACUGCGGCGAAACUCCGUGCAGAUAACUGCGUUCAUCACUCAUUGCGCGCGCAACAACGAUGAAAUCGCGAAAGUUGUCAAAGUUUGUAAAUUUCUACAGAAGAAUAAAAUCGCCGUGUCGGUGGAUUGUCUGUUGGCUGGAAAAGGUGACGCCGAGCAGAGGAAAUGGGUCGAAGAAAGGUUCAAUUUCGUUGACUACGUCAUAGUUUUAGUAACCACCUCUUACAAGAGUACAGUGAGGCCAGGAAUCAGAUGCCCGUGUUUCAAUAGGACAGACAGUAAUAAGAAUGACACUAUCAACAACAACGACGGCAGCAUCAACAACAAACUCAACAACAACAACAACAACAACAAACUCAACAACAACAAUAACAACGUCAACAGCAACAAAAACAACAAAACAACAGCAACAGCAGCAGCAUGCCCGUACAACAAAGGAAAGUUGCAUUCCAAAUUAGUCUACAGAUUAAUGAAAGAGGAGUACAAACGAACCAAUGGGACUAAACUGAAUAACAACAACAACAACAGCAGCAACAACAACAUUAAUAAUUUAAAUAAAUCCCCCGAAACAGAAGCAUCACCAACAACAACAUCAUCAUCAUCAUCAUCUGCUACCGCGGUUGCGACCGCAGCGACAAAUAGCGUCAAGAAGAGCAUCAGCAAAAACAUCGAAACCGGAAAAAGAUUCAUUUGUUUAUUCUUACCCGGAAGUGACGUGAGCAAUGUACCUGAUUGGCUGAGAGAUGACUACCCAAAUUUUGUCUGGCCAGACCAGUGGGAAGCCAUUCUAGUUACAAUGCACGUGAAAUUAAUAGAGUAA